AUGGGGAGUUUGGGAAAAGAAGAUCUGGAAAAGCUUGUGCUGGAUUAUAUUGAGCCUCCGGUCACCGUCCAUCCGGUCACCGUCCCUCCGGUCACCGUCCCCAAUCAUAUGGAGAAGUCUUCAACUGCUCUAGUAACCCUUCAGGAGAUUCUUCGGACGCAAGGAGAAAAGGAGAAGGAAAUGGAAGAGAAGGUAAAGUCGUUUAUCAGAAGAAGAUUAUCAUACGAAGGAGACGAUGAGAAGAGAGAUGUGAUGAAAAAAAUUGUCUCCAAGCUUAGAUCUGACGGCUACAAUGAUGUCUCUAUCUAUAGAACCUCGUGGGAUUCUUCUUUUGAUCGCCGUGAAGGAUGUAGCAGAAUGUUUAAGUGCAAGAGGAAGUACGAGUACAUUGAGGUCAUGGUGGCGACUGGUCGCGGCGGUGAUGACAGAAGCAAGAUGAAACGUCUCAUUGUUGAUCUUGACUUCAAGUCUCAGUUUGAGUUAGCCAAACAGACAGAAGGUUACAAAGACGUGACUCAGAUGCUUCCGACAGUGUUUGUGGCGACAGAGGAGAGACUCAAAAGAGUUGUUUCGUUGGUUUCUGGUGAGAUGACACAGUCCAUGAAGAAAGAAGGAAUGUCUAGACCGCCAUGGAGGACUACCAGAUACAUGCUAGCCAAGUGGCUACCUGAGAAAAGAGUCUCUGGUUCUAAGAAAGGAUCCUGGUCUAUGUUUGAUGAUGAUGGAGGUGAAGCUGUUGAGACAACGAGUGGUAUUGGUUUUAAAACUACGUGUGGUUUCCAGUUAUCUUAGAGGGAUGAGCGCAGUUCGUUUCUUUGUCUUUUAACUUUUUGGUCUUGACAAGUUUUUAGAUGUUGAUUUUAUUUUGAAAAUUACUUUUCUAUCAGUUCUUGUCUGAUGAUAUAUCAUGCAAAUGGUUCAUUUUAAUAUCCGGUGUCUGAUCUAGAAAUCCAGUAAAAGUAACCAGUGUUAAAUUAGACCCCUGUUACCCGAUAUAUAAUCCGUUUUAGGUUUUAAGAAAAAAACCAUUAUAACCUAAUAAAAUUUGCAAAAAACCAUUAAAACUUGUUAUUCAGUUACAGUACUUAUUUAGAUUUUUUGAUUAUGUUAUUAUAAUAUAUGUUUUAUAUUUUAACUUAGCGAGCUUGAAUAUAAUGAAUUAAAGAAUGCUUUUGCUGAAGAAUAUCCCAAAGAUGAUGAAAUAGUACACCCAAAAAAUCUUGAUGGUAAUUUUUUAAAUUUUGACUAAACUUCCAGAUUCUUUAUAAAUACAGAUAAAAUUGUGAUUUUGAAUUUUUGAUAAAAUUUUUACUAUGCCUCUUAAUAAAAUGAAUUGAACGAUGAUAGAGAGAAAAUUAGUUGAUGUGAUUUAGUAUUAGUUUGUUUUUGUUAUCAACAA